UGCAGGGAGUGGGCGGGGCCGGGAUUGGAACUUUAUACAAAGUGUCCGGAGAGCUGCGCCCUGAAUACCCCGAUAUACCCCGGUGUUACCCCGAUACCCCGCGCAGCAUGAGAGACCGGACCCUGGAGCUGGGCCACCACGCCGACAGCGACUCCGACCAAGAUGAGCAGAAGGUCUUCAUUACCGUCUCAUCCAACGGGAGCAAAGACGAGACGGAGAUAAACGAGCAGUUCUUCCAGACGAGCCGCGACAUCCGGAGCUCCCUGCAGCGCCUCGGAGACAAAGUGAAGGAGCUGGAGGCCAGUCAGGUGAAGAUCCUCACCACGCCGCUCCCCGAGGAGGGCAUGAAGAAAGACUUACAGGCACUGCGGGAGGAGAUCAAGUAUUUAGCCAAAGAUAUCCGCACCAAGCUGCAGAGUAUAGAAGUGAAGGAAGAUGAUGAGUCUGUCCGGAGCUCUGUCCAUGCCCGAGUGAGGAAAACGCAGCAUGGGGUGCUGUCACAGAAGUUCAUCGAGAUUAUUAACCAGUGUAAUGGCGUCCAGACCCAGUACCGAGACAGCAACAUCAAGAGGAUCAAGCGGCAGCUGCAGAUCACCGGUCACAGCGUCACGGAUGAGCAGUUUGAUCAGAUGCUGGAGAGCGGCCAGACCGACGUAUUCACGUGUAACAUCCUGCAGGACACGCAGGUCACUAAACAGGCUCUGAAUGAGAUCGAAGCGCGGCACGAAGAGAUCGUCAAGCUGGAGAAGAGUAUCAUAGAGCUGCAUGAGAUGUUCCUGUAUCUGGCCAUGGAGGUGGAAGCCCAGGGGGAAACGAUAGAUAACAUCGAGAAGAACAUCUUGCAGUCCACGGACUACGUGGAGAAAGCCCGCGAGCAGCUCAGCAAGGCCGUGGUGAACAAGCAGAAAGCCCGGAAGAAGAAAGUCUACAUCGCGAUCUGCGUCUCCGUCGCACUCCUGGUCAUCACCAUAAUAAUCAUGGUCAGCGUGAUGGCGUAAGAGGAGCUUCCCACGGGGUGGCGUCCGUUCCCUCGCCCGCCUGCGCCGUGACACGUGGCCCGCCUGCCGCUCUCCCAGGACACGGGUAAUACACCGACCGCGGGGGCCGUACUCGAAGAGCCCGGGGUGGAAUCACGGCUUGGUUCUGUUAUUUGCACUGUGCGUCCGCGUGUGCCUCGUACUGCCCAUAAAGUGCUUUAUAAACACGUGUUCUGUAUAUACAUUAAUGCUGGAGGCCGCCCGGAUACUGCGCGGAUACCACCCGGAUACCGCGCCGCAGAGGCCAGCGACUGGAAUACCCUUUAACCCAAAUAAAAUAUAGAUUUUUAUACCCA